AGAGAGGGAGCUGAUCUAGAGAGAAGGGGAAGAUUGUGUGAUAGUAGUAUAAGAGAAAGGGUGGUGGGGGUAAAGGGAAUCCCCACAGCCUCGCUAGUAGAUCUAUACACAACCGAUAUUCCAAUAUACCAUUCAAAAUUCCAAGCCAGAUAUCCUUUCUGAUACUAAAUUCCACCAUUCUUCCUCUCCUUGCUUAGUUAUCAACGUGAAUUACCAAUUAAUUACUCCACUCAAUCAAUCACUCAGAGAGAAAGUGAGUUUUGAAUUUGUAUGCAAUGCUGGAAUUGAGAGCGGGGAGGAGGUGCUACUCCGAGGCGGUGGAGGGAGUGAAUGUGGGAUUGGCUUUUGUUGAUGCCGUCAUUGGAUUUGUAGCUCUUUAUAAGUUAAUUAGAAUUCAUUCAAGGAAUACACAGCUUGGAUGGACUCGCCAAAAGGUCAUUCAUCUACUGAUUGGGUCGUCCAAUCUCGGUUAUUUCCUUUAUUUUGUAUUAAAUCUGGUUGCUGCUUGUAAGGGUUGGAUUUGCUGGUCGUAUUCCUGUGGUUUUGUUGUCAUGGCCUUCCCCAAAAUUCUGUUUAUUGCAGCAUUCCUCCUGCUUUUGUCAUUUUGGGUAGACCUCUGUCAUCACCCAAACGAUGAAGAGGAAGAUGAAGAUUGUAAUCCCCACGAACCUCUGCUUGAGAAGAUGAACAAAACUAGUCCACAGACUAAUGGAAACCGAAGGUGCUGCACCUUCAGGUUACCUCAUAUUGGAAGCCGUCAAAAGAUUGUGAUUGUCGUAACAGUUUUAGUUUUUGCAAUAAUGAUUGCAUCAUCAGUGCUGAUAUGGAUUGGGAUGGAUAGCAGUCCUAUCGAGUCCGCAGUUGUUGCUCAGGUAUAUGUAGAUCUUAUUGCUGUAAUUGUCCUUUUACUUGGAGGAGCCUUGGCAUGCUAUGGAGUUGUACUAUUCUUGAAAAUGAAAAAAGUGAGAUCUGAGCGGGCUUCGUCUGAAAUGUGGAAGGUUGCCGGUUUGGCUGUUGUCUCCGUUAUUUGUUUUACAUCAAGUGCUUCGGUGGCAAUUGGUACUCAAAUACCUCUGUUUUAUGACUGGGAUGAUCGGCAUAUGGAUGGUAUCCGUACUUCAUUUCUUCUUAUUUUGUAUUACUUCAUAGGUUCAUCAGUGCCUUCAGCAGUUAUUUUAUUUCUAAUGAGAGAAUUGCCACCUCCCCUCGUCAGUAACACUAGGCGUGAAGAAUCAACAACGAUAACAUUCAUGCAUGACUGCUCAGCGACAGCAGCUCAACGACCGAGCUGGACUAGAGCAACUCAGAAUCAGGUAUCGAGGGCAAGCCCCAUAUGAUGUGACAUGUUGGACCCCGGCUCGUGUUCAAAGAACUGCGUAUGAAACUAUGCAUGAAGACCAAGAAAAAGAAAAGAUUUAGAAGGCUCAGUGAGGCGCACAGCCGCAAGGCUGCCUUGUGUGAGCCCUUUUAGUGUGAUAGCUUUGUCUCUCUUGUACAUAGCAAUGCUAUUCUCAUACUUAAAUUAUGGUUAAUGCAUGAAACUGUUUUAUUA